AUGGCCGCCGACCGGCCGCGCAUCAGUGUGACCGCCUGGGGCGGCGGCCAGUCGCCGCCGGCAGAGGCGCGGCUGGCCUCUGAGCUGGCGCGGCUGGGCUUCGGCGGCGCGCCGGCUGCCGGGCCCGCUGCCGGCCGGCUGCAGGUGCCGCGCGCCGGCCGCCCGCCCGCCGCCGGGCCGCCGGGCCUCUGGUGCGACGAGGCCGAGCUGAUCCACUCGUGUGCGCUGCUCAGCCGCCUGCUGGGCAUGCCCAAGAGCUUCAGCACUGGCGACAUGGCGCAGCUGCCGGAGGAGGCGGCGCCGCGGCGCGCUGUCAGCCUGACCACGCUCCAGGAGCGGCCCGAGCUGGCGCAGCCGGCCCUCGAGCCGGCCAGCCGCUCGUGCAGCACGUGGGUGGCCGUGGGCGACCUGGGCACCAGCUCCCAGCUGCCGUCGCCGCAGAGCCGCCAGAGCGUCAGCCACGCGCCCUUCUCCGCCGCCGACCUGGUGCGCGCCGUAAACAAGAAGGUGCGGCAAAACUACAUCCGGCGACGGCUGCAGAUCACGUUCAGGGCGCUGCAGCGACUCUCUCAGAGCGAGCUGAGCCUGGAGCAGCUGCUGAGCGGAGAGCUGCUGAGCCUGGAGCAGCUGCUGAGCGGAGAGCUACCGCCCGGCUGCUGCGGCUCCGCGGCCGGCGCCGCGCCGGCAGCCGCCCGGGACAGCGCCAGCACCGCCGCCGCCACCGCCGUGGCCGCUGCCGCCGCCGCCACCGCAGCCCCGGCGGCCGCGGCGCCCCCGCGAGCCGUCACCGUGCGCCAGGUGGACCGCGAACGGGGCCAGCCGCUCACCCGGUUUCAGCGCAACAUGAUGGUAUUUAACUGGCUGCAAGCACUGGAGGACGACGGCGCAGAGCUCACCGUGGCGUAGGCGGGGCGCACACUGCUGUGAUCACUGAGCGGGACAGCGGCGCCCGGUGAGGGGACAGCGGCGCCCGGUGAGGGUAUACUCGUACAACGGCGCCCGGUGAGGGGACAGCAACGCCCGGUGAGGGGACAGCGGCGCCCGGUGACGGGACAGCGCCGCACCAAACCGAAAGCCAAACUCGACUGUGCGUUUAUGCUGGGCUCAAGGUGGAGAGGACUUCACUCCUCAGGUUGUGUGUAGAGGUGAACCGGUGGUGCUAGGGUGCUAGAGCUGAGUACAAGGUUCGAUGUGCCGCAGCGGCCGCUGGGUCCACCUCCCUACCGCGUCCCUCCUUCCUUCCUUCCUCGGUGAUGGAACUGCCGGGACUUGUCGGGGCCUGCUUGUCGCUGAAUUCUUCCAUAAUUAGGCGGUGUUUGUGCCAGACUCUUUUUAACUAUAGUGGGGAUGUUUCCUAUCGACAGCCUUUUAUAUAUGAAGUCCCUUGCAAAGGUGUCCACUGCCAUACCUGUUGAAUUUCACGUUGACACAAUCACAAGAUUGUCGAAUCUGUACCUGAGUGACGCUUACAAAUAUGACCAAUAGCUAAAAUUUCUUGAAAAAAAAUUCCAAGAAGCCAACGCAUAACUCGAGAACCAAUAGAGCUAUAGCGCCGCGGAAAAGCGCAUUCGAUAGCCCUAUUAACGCCCUUUCUGAGUAAUUAUCUCAAAUUUGACCUAACGUCAACGGUUUUGCCUGCAGGGGGCAAAAACUGCAAAAAUAGCCGAUUUUUUCGGAAACAGUUUUUCUGCAAUAACUUUUGACCCAAGCCUUGUACGAGCUUACUUUUACCGGCAUCGUGUUCCUCUCGUCAAGACGCAUCGAAUGAACUAUAACUUGACCUUGAAAGGUCAACUUGAAAAUUUGUCCUCAGGUCAAGGUCAUGACCUGACCGGAAAGGGUCAUGUUGCAUAUCAGUCGAUCCGUAUCGUCGAGCUGAACACAUCUAAGGCGUUUUCAUCGCUCUAACAUGCCUCUAUCAAAAGUUAUUUGCGAAAAACUGUCAGAUACCAUUCGUGACCCAAGAUGACCUCAGGGCAUAAACAAGGGUCACGGACACCAUUUUCAUGUUCUGUGUGUCUAAACCACUUGUAAUUCGGUGUUUGGGAGUGUUUAUAAUGUCUUUCGUCCAAAAGAGGCGCAUUUGAAUUUUCUCCCAUUGACUUAUAAUGGGGAGGUCGCAAAAUUGACCUGACCUUAGGUCAUCGAUAUCAAAAUUCUGAGAUAUACAUUUUGUACAUGCUAUUGCUCUUAGCAAUCACUGAAAGUUUCAAAGCGAUCGGUCACUCGGUGUAGCUAUGACAGACAUUGAAACUUUUUCUGAGGUGAGGUCACUUCAAGCGACCUGGUGACCUGACCUUGAAUGACCUUGGUCUGAAAUUUUCACAACAUGUGUAGAAUUGAUGUAUGAUAAGGUGUACCAAAAACGGCGGCGAUAUUCGCGAAAAACCACAAGGGGGGGGUGUUCAAACACCCCCCUUAGCAGGGCGCGGGUUAAGGAUGGAGAAGGACGACAGAAGAGAAGAGGCACCUCUUCGAAGAGGUGCCGCCACCUCCUUUAGGAUGGAGGACGACGAAGGGCACCUCCUCGAAAUUGAGCACCUCUUCUUUUAGUAUUUUACACGUGCAGUGGGGGUCACUCACAUAGAUCAAGAGUAUCCGACCUUUGGUAGAAGGGAUGCAGCUACCCUACAAAAAUUACCGCAAGACAAUCGUCCAAGUUGCUGCUGAGAUAUGAGCCUGUCAAAAUCACUACUUUUGCAAAACAGCUUGAACACCCUUGACUUUUCACGUGGCAACUGGCACGUGCCACGACGGUCACUGAGAUGUGUCAAGAGUAGUCAAUUACGGGGUAGAAGGGAUGGGGCUACCCAGCAAAAAAGACCGCAGGCCAAUCGGUCCAGCGGUUGCUGAGAUAUAAGCCUCUCAAAAGCGUUACAGGCCGGGCCGGGCCGGGCCGGGCCGCUCAUACUGGGAUUUUUCCGUUACGAGUAUAUUGGAAAGACUUCGCUUCGCUCGCUGCGCUCGCUCGCUCGUAAUGACAGCUAAAAUGACAACAAUAUAAGCAGUAGGCACCUACGCAAUCGCCUUUCUAUCUAACGCGUCUAAUACGACACAUGGCUGACGUUUUGGACUCCCGAAUGCUAAAAGGAAGCGGGUUCCAAGCGGCCCAAAAAUAUAACUAAACCACAUUUCACAUAUGCGAUCGCACAUUGCUACUCCUGCUUUUGUGUCAAUAAACUCAUCAACGAGAAUGCUGUCGACUAGUCACAAGUGUACAACUCUACACAAUACGCUCGCCUAUGUCACAGGACGCAUGUGGCAUCAUUUCGCGUUAAUUAUCCGGGAAACUCAGGUGUCUCUGAUCGGUGGUUGCUGUCAAUAUCGUCGCGUUCCUAUCUGUAGGUGUGCUCGAAUGUAAAUAUGUCAAUUUCCUAUUACUAUCCAUCGGAAUGUUUUGUAUGCAUUAACCUAUCUUACCUGUAUUGUGAUUUGAUGCUAUGACUUUUUACAUUUCAUUGAGCAGUGGAAAGGUGUGCGUGUUUGUUAGCGGCGACACAGUUAUGUGGUGUGGGGUUACUACUCCGUUCAGCAACAUGCCUUAACAGGUAGGAUUAAGUUUGUGGCUGAAAAUGGUGGCAAUGCUUCAAAAGUCGAUGUCUUGGUUAGUUUCCUGCAGCGUGUGUCUUGUUUUUGCUGUUGUCGCUUGAGACGAAUAAUCGCAAGUGCAUACCUACUUGAUUCUUGUCUUCCGUUAGGAUUGAGCACUGGCGUUUUCGACGAGAUGGCUUAUUUCUCGACUUGUCUACCAUUGUUGCUCAUUGCUUAAUUCAUUUUCUUACAUGGAAUAAAUAUUUUAACCCUCGCCUG